AUGGACGUCAACAUCACCAAAGCCCUCAAUGACAAGCUCUACGACAAGCGCAAGAGCGGCGCGCUCGAGCUCGAGGGCCUCAUCCGGGACGCUCUCGCCGCCCAGGACCACGACAGGAUAGCCCGCAUCGUGCACCAGCUCUGCCACGAGUACGCUUAUGCGGUUCACCAGCCCCACGCCCGCAACGGCGGUCUCAUCGGACUCGCGGCUGCCUCGAUAGCCCUGGGCCCAGAAGUCGCCCGCUAUCUCGAGGAGAUCGUGCCCCCCGUCCUGGCCUGCUUCGGCGACCAAGAUGCGCGUGUCAGGUACUAUGCAUGCGAGAGCAUGUACAACAUCGCAAAGGUGGCCAAGGGCGAGAUACUCGUCUACUUCAACCACGUCUUUGACGCGCUCUGCAAGAUGGCUGCAGAUUCAGAGCUCUCUGUCAAGAACGGGGCAGAACUAUUGGAUCGCCUGAUCAAAGACAUCGUCUCAGAGUCAGCCGCCAGCUACGUCUCUGUGCUACACGACACACCCGAUCAGGACGACCCCGAAGACGAACCCCACCCGUUCGCCUUCAACCUCGAACGCUUCCUGCCCCUCCUCGAAGAGCGCAUCAACGUCUUGAACCCCUUCACGCGCUCUUUCCUCGUGGCAUGGAUCACCCUGCUCGACUCCAUACCCGAUCUCGAGCUCAUCGCCCACCUCCCACGCUUCCUCGGCGGCCUCUUCAAGUUUCUGAGCGACAGCAACCAGGAUGUAUACACCAUGACGCAGCAGGCGCUAGACCGAUUUCUUGCUGAGAUCAAGAAGAUUGCACGCAUCAAGAAGGGUAUAGCCGACAGCAAAGGGGGCAACGAGAAACUAGAACGCAGGCACUCUACGGGUAGCAUCCAUAGUGGAAGCGAAGCGACAGACAGCACGCCCCUCGAGCUCGACAAUUCCAUCGACGAGAAGGGCGAUGCAAGUGGAGAGAGUGCUUCUGUCUCCGGCGACAGUGGAAGGUCUGUCAACGGAGACGGAAACUGGAUACCUGGCCAGGACGUGCACGUCGACCAUCCCAAGAUUCUUGAGAUCCUGGUUGACUUUUUGGUUCCCCCACCAGACACGGAAGAAGAGCAGACUGAGAUACUGCUGACAGCACUCCGCUGGAUUGACAACUUCUUCGACAUAUGCCCAGAAGACAUCAUGCCGUUUGUCCCAAGUCUCUUGUCCCACGUCCUGCCACGAAUGUCACAUGAAGUCGACACCGUUCGCAAGGCUGCAGUCAAGGUUAACGCUUCGUUGAUGGACUAUAUCCUGUCAUUGUCUGAUGACAACCGCCCCCGCGACGGUGCUGCAGGUGGACAAAUCCAGCUACCUCCUUCCCUAUCUGAGCUAGGCAAAGAGCUCACUGGAACACAGCGGCGAGAUUCUAAUCUAUCUGGCCGAUUGCUCAAGGCAGUCAUUCGAGAUCAAGCCAACAAGGCUGAAUCGCCCGAUGGCAAGGGCACACGCUCCCCCACACCAGCAGAAGAAAGAGGCACAUCGCCGCGUCCAAUACCAGAGCUGGACUACCAAGCUGCUGUUAGUGCUCUGACCCUGCAGUUUCUAAAUGAACACGAGGCCACUCGCGUUGCGGCCAUAGCAUGGCUGAUAAUGCUGCACAGGAUGGCACCUGGCAGAAUACUGACAGUGGACGACGGUACCUUUCCUGCGCUGCUCAAGACCCUUUCUGAUCCUUCGGAUGCUGUGGUCACGCGUGACCUGCUACUUCUGUCACAAAUAUCCCUGCACAGCGACGAUACAUACUUUACUUCCUUCAUGGUCAAUCUCCUGAAGCUGUUCUGUACGGACCGCCGACUUCUUGAGACCCGUGGCAAUCUCAUCAUCAGGCAGCUCUGCAUAACACUGAGCGCAGAGCGCAUAUAUCGCACCAUGGCUGAUUGUCUUGCGAAAGAUGAGGAUGUCGAAUUUGCUAGCAUCAUGGUCCAGAAUCUCAACAACAAUCUGAUCACUGCACCAGAGCUCGCCGAUUUACGAAGACGACUCAGGAAUCUAGACAAUAAGGACGGACAAUCUUUCUUCGUCAUUUUGUUUAAAGCGUGGUGCAACAAUGCUGUGGCCACCUUCUCACUGUGUCUUCUUGCCCAAGCUUAUGAGCAAGCAUACCACUUGCUCCAGGUUUUUGCGGAUCUUGAGAUGACAGUCAACAUGCUCAUACAAAUCGACAAGCUCGUUCAGCUCUUAGAAUCUCCCGUCUUCACAUGUAAGAUCUUCGACUCUUCAAACCCAAGUAUUCCCGCUAACAGUACUGGCCUAGACCUUCGAAUGCAACUCCUCGAGCCGGAACGGUACCCGCAUCUCUACAAGUGCAUGUACGGUCUGCUCAUGCUACUGCCUCAAUCAUCGGCUUUUGCAGCGCUUAAGAACCGCCUCAACAGCGUCUCGGCCAUCGGCUACCUGCACAUUGCGCCGCAACGCAGCAGCUCGACGUAUGUUCACCCUUCCUCCUCCUCUCCUACUUUAAACCACUUGCGGCAAAAAAGCUCAGAAGUUGGCUCGAACAGCAGUAGUAGCAGCGGUAUUCCGUCGUCUGGGGGACCCAGUGCUUCGACAUUCGAACGCCCAGGCCGGUUGAAACCCAGAGAUGGUCUGGGUGGACCGGAAGCGGGUGGCAGCGUGAAGUGGACAGAGUUGCUGGAGAGAUUCAAGCAAACGCAGGAAAAAGCCAGGCGUAGUCAGCGGAUGGCCAGCAUGGGUGAAGAGGAAGAGGUGCAGGAGAAGAUGGGACCGACUGCCCCUACGCCACCUAUACCACCCAAACCUGCAGGACUAAGGCCUGGUAGUCCGGCGGGCGCCAUGAGGCCACCUCCCGCGCCUGUGCCGCCAGGUCCAGCGCAGGGGCAUAAGCCCAGGUCCAGUCUAAGUAACCUGGGGCGAUUUGCUGGGGGUGUAGCCGGAAGACGAAAGGACAAGAAGUAA